ACAGUUCACUCUAUUGCCCUCAAAGUCCUCAGGCCGACCACCAGGAAGCACCGGGACUGGUUUGAGGGAAAUGAUGCCGUAAUGCAAAUAAUGUACUACUGGAGGAAAAGUGUCACCUCCUUUGAGCCCACCAGAGCGUCCUCUUCAGCCAAGCUAAAAAUGCUGGCUUCACCAACCUGCACAGCCAGAUACAGACAAAGCUCCUCUCUAUGCAGUACACCUGGCUCAGUGCCAAAGCCGAUGAAAUUCAGGGCUAUGCAGACCGGCAUGAUACCAAGUGGUUUCAUGACGCUCUUAAAGCUGUCUACGGACCUCAAUCUCCUGGGUCUUCCCCCGUCCUUGGACCUGUUGGAACUACCCUGUUCACUGAAAAGAAACAGAUCCUGGAGAGAUAA